AUAGUUAUAUUUGAAUGGAUUAAGACAGUCGAAACCUAUAAUGUAUCUAUUAUGGUGUUAUUAAAUCAUUUUCUAAAUACGACUUUACCGAUAAGAGGCCACGUAUCCAUGUCACACCCCCGUGUAACCAUAAUGGUUUUUUCCAUCAUGGACGCUACACUCUGACCUUACAUCAGACGCUGCCAGGUCUUUGCCACACCGCAUCAUGAGUGAAUUGAAGGACUGCCCUCCACUGAAAUACUAUGACUUCAAGCCCGUCGAGCAUGUCAAAGUGUGUCCCCGCUACACUGCUGUGCUCGGCCGCUCAGAGGACGAUGGCAUCGGCAUUGAGGAGCUGGACACCCUGCAGCUGGAGCUGGAGACGCUGCUGUCCUCAGCCAGCCGCCGACUCCGAGCCCUAGAGGAGCAGAGACAGAUCCUCACAGACUGGCAGGACAAGAAGGGAGACAAGCGCUUUCUGAAACUGGGAAAAGACCCAGACCCUGCUGCCACAUCUCGCCACAAACCAAAAAAGCAAAAGUUGGACGGCAAAGGCAGUCACGCACCAGGUCCAGGUCCUGGCAGACCCAAAUCCAAAAAUCUGCAGGCUAAAGUCCAAGAGUAUGAAUUCACUGACGAUCCACAAGACAUUCCCCGCACUCCUAAAAACGAUGCACCCAACAGAUUUUGGGCAUCAGUUGAGCCAUAUUGUGCCGAUAUCACGAAUGAAGAGAUACGAUUGCUAGAAGAGCUUCUGAAACCCCCAGAGGAUGAGGCUGAGUAUUUCAAAAUUCCAGCUCUGGGGAAACACUACUCUCAGCGGUGGGCUCAGGAAGAUCUGCUGGAGGAGCAGAGGGAAGGAGCACGAGCUAAUGACAAGAAGAAGAGCCUCAUGGGAGGGCCGCUGUCUGAGCUGGAUGCAAAAGAUGUGGACUCCUUGAUGAAAAAGUCAGAGUCCCAACAUGAAUCACCAGAAGACGGAUGUCCCUUCGGUCCUCUCACACAGCGUCUGCUCCAGGCCCUUGUAGAGGAGAACAUUAUAUCCCCCAUGGAGGAUUCACCUAUACCUGACAUUUCAGGGAAAGAUGCUAAUGAUGGCGCUGGGACUUCACCUAGAAGCCAAGGAAAAGCUUUCAGUGUUCCUCACACACGUUCUCUGGAGGCUCGGAUCAAAGAGGAGCUGGUGGCUCAGGGGCUGCUGGACUCAGAGGAGCGACCUGGACCAGGAGGAGACUCUGAGGACGAGGUCCUGGCAGAGCUGCAGAAGAGGCAAGCAGAGCUGAAAGCCCUGAGUGGGCACAACAGAGCCCGUAAGCAGGAGUUACUCAGGUUGGCAAAAGAGGAGAUGCGCAAGCAGGAGCUCAGGCAGAGAGUCAGGGUGUCUGACAACGAGGUCAUGGAGGGAUUUCGGCGAAUAAUGGCAGCCAGGCAGAAGAAACGAACUCCAACCAAGAAGGAGAAGGACCAGGCCUGGAAAGCACUGAAGGAGAGGGAAAGCAUCCUCAAGCUACUGGACGGAUAAAAGUAGAAAGCGUUUGUGUCAGGGGUUUAUCCAGACAAAAUGUGGAAAAAUGGAAGAAGAAGAAUCUUUCUCCCAUGGAUUGACUCAAAUAAGAAUUGCUGUGACAGCUGUUAGAUGGUCAGUGAACAGCUGUAUUUAUGAUUAUGUAGGAUACUGUUUACUGCACGUCUGCGUGAUUUGAUUAGGGACAUUUCUGUAGUAGUUUUUUUUUUUGUCAAGAAAAGCAGAAUGCUCGUUUGAUCAGUAGCAUUUAAAACACAUCAGAGACUUUCUUUUCUUUCUUUGUCCUUUGAAUUUCUAUGUUGUCCUUUUCUUUUUACCAUUGUAAUGUUAUGAAAACAAUACACAAAUGUUUGAAUAAAUCAGUACCACUUGA